CUGUCUGUUUGAACUGUGCAAGCAGUGGGGGAAGAAAUAUGUUCAUCCUUUACUGUAAUUAAGUAAAAUUAACCAUACUACAGUGUGAAAAAAAACUUCAUUCCAAAACAACUGCAUUGAAAAUAGUAAAGGUACAGAAGUAGAAUUUACCUAAAUUCACUAAAACAGUGUGAAUAUACUUGGAUUUAUUUGGUUUAAAUCGAGUAUAUUUAGAGUAACGGACAGUGAAAUGUACCUUAUCUCACAGACAGUUAGUUAGUCAGUCCUGACGCAGACGGUCUCUCAGCAGAAACAGGCACCGCCCAGCAGAGAGAGCAGUCAUGCUGCUGCACACUAGAUGUAUCAAUAUCUGUGGAGCUACAGAUACACACAAGAGGAACUAAAACUAGUUUCAAGGAUGAGAAACUUCAGAGCAAAAACAUUCUUGCUGGCGGUAGCUCUUGGUCUGUUGGUUCUCCAUCUCUGUAAAGACUUUAUUGACCACAAAAUCAUCCACUUCCCCAAAGACGUGAGAGAGGAUCACAGUCAAAUAAGACAACACAUCGCAAAUAACUCCUAUGUAUUCUCCUGGCCAAGAUGUCAACAAAAUAUUUCUGCUGCCAACAUCACAGGCUUUAACUCUCUUCCUGGUGAUAUUAAAGACUUUCUCUAUUAUCGACACUGUCGCCAUUUCCCCAUGCUGCUGGAUAUUCACGACAAAUGUGGAGGAGCUGAUAGAUCUUCGGAAGUCUUCCUUCUGCUUGUCAUAAAAAGUUCCCCUGUGAACUACGACCGCCGAGAGGUGCUGCGUAAAACCUGGGCUAAAGAGAGGUUAUACAAUGGUGUGUGGAUCCGAAGAAUCUUCCUCUCAGGAACGAUGUAUACUGGUUUUGAGAAAAAGAGACUGAACAAACUACUCGAGCUGGAGCAACGUGACUACAAUGACAUCAUCCAAUGGGACUUUUACGAAAGAUUCUACAACCUCACCCUGAAGCAGAUCCUGUUUCUGGAAUGGAUGGAAAGAAACUGUCCGAACGCUCGCUUCCUGUUUAAUGGUGAUGAUGACGUCUUUGCUAACACAAACAACAUGGUUGAGUAUCUCCAAGGCCUUAAGGACAAUGAUGGAAGCAAGCACCUCUUUACUGGCCAUCUGAUCCAGAAUGUGGGGCCCAUCAGAUCAACAGGGAGCAAGUAUUUUAUUCCAGUUCAGGUGCAGGAGUCAGACUCAUAUCCCCCUUACUGUGGUGGUGGGGGCUUCCUCUUGUCUGCCUAUACAGCUUUGAUCAUAUACAAUAUGUCCCAGUCCAUUACCAUUCUUCCCAUUGACGAUGUUUACAUGGGGAUGUGUCUGGCCAAAGCAAGACUAAGUCCUUCUUCUCAUAUGGGUGUGAAGACAGCAGGACUGUCCAUUCCCUCCAAAAAACUAGACGUGUAUGAUCCUUGCUUCUAUAAAGAAGUUUUACUGGUACACAGAUUCAUGCCAGCUCAAUUGUAUCUUAUGUGGCACAGUGUAAAUGAUCCCAAUCUGAAAUGUAGUCUCACCAAGGAAAUACUUUAGUAGCUCCACCCUGUAACUUACUGGUGGUGACGGAAACUUGUUCACGCUUUGUUUCCUGCACAUACAUUGUGAAAGCAGCCAUGACCUUCCAGCAUGAGAAAAAAGGUUUGCACUUUUCUUCUACCAUUGUUCAGCUGCAGGCUUCGGCACAGUUCAAUGGAACUUUUUUUAUUCUUAAUGUCAUCAUUGUGGGCGAGCAGUGAACCUGACUAAUAGGUUUCUUUUUCCACAUACUGUGUGGGGGAGCAGCUUUCACUGGAUGCAAAACUUGCUUUGAAUAAUUUUAGCAUGAUGCAAAGUAAUUUUGCAAAUUAUUUACGUGUACAUUUAUUAUAUUUCCGGCUGAUGUGUUAAAAAUGACUUCAGAAACAGAAUCAGAAUAAGGUUUACAAAUAUUAUAACUGCUGUUUAUAUAAACCAGAGCAGCAGUCUGUCUCCUCUCCGUUCCCCUCACACCAUGUGUGUGGUUUCUGUUUCCUUUUCUUUCUUUGGCUCUAAAUACUUCUUAGUCAUGUUAUCUUAUUGUAUGCACAGAUAUUUCCUGUUUUAAAUCAUACUUUUAUAUUUAUAAAUCAGAUUUAUAAAACUAUUUAUACUUUAUCUAGGCAAACUUCUUGUACACCUGUACACUGAUAUCGAAAGGUGUGGGUGAUGCUGGGCUAAGGUUACACAUUUAUCUUUUUAAAUAUCUCAGGUUUUCUUAAGGCGAAUGAUGUACUGUUGCAUCAGAAAUGAACUACUUUCUGUAAUUGGCAACAACCGUGGCCGGAGGCAUUAUGUUUUCAGGUUGUCCAUCCGUCUGUCUGUCCGUACCGUUCUUGUGAACGCAAUUUCUCAGGAAUGACUCGAGGUAUUUUCCACUUGGACUCAAGAAUGAACUGAUUAGAAUUGUAUCAAAGGUCAAGGUCACUGUGACCUCUCAAAACACAUUUUUUUUGGCCAUCACUCAAGAAUUCAUACUCUAAUUAUGACAAUUUCACACAAAUAUCUAAUCGGAUAAAAUAAGGAAGUGAUGACAUUUUGGACAGACAUGGAUGUAAACUGCAACUUGACUGGUUGGCGGAUGUGUUGUUGUUACAGUAUGCACCUGUAGAUUUGUGUUCAAAAAGGGAUUAAUGUGGGGCGUCCCGGUAGCUCAACUGGUAGCACAGGCCUCCCAUAUACAAAGCCCACAGCGGCCACUGGUUUGAGUCCGACCUGUGGCGUUUGCAGUAUGUCGUUCCCUCUCUCUCUCCCCCUUUCACAAUCUGCACUGUUCUAUCAUAAAGCCCAAAAAUCUAACUUAAAAAAAAAGAGAUUAAUGUAUGUUUUUGUGCCUUACAUCAGUGCUUCUCAACCAGAAACCACUGUUAAACUUGCAAAAGGAUAAUCUGGAGAACAGUUUAUGUACUGUCAAAUACUAUUUAUUUUUAUAAAACAACAGUCAGUCUUUAAUAAGAAUUCUCAUGUAAGAUUACUUUAGCACAGGGGUUCUCAACGGGGGCGGUAGCGCUCCCCCCAGGGGGCGUUCAGACAACGUUGGGGGGCCUGGAAGCAAUAUUUUUGAAAGGGGGGGCGUUUGUUGUUAAAUCUAGGAUUUGAAAAAAUGAGUGAGGCAAAGUCCUUGUAUGUUUAGCACUUUGAUUGCCAUGUCUUUAACAUUAGUCUGUUGAACAUAUCCAAAAAUGUCCACAUCUAUUUUAUUUUCCUGCUUCUAAGAAAAGGUUGUAUAUAUAUAUAUUUUAUUUUAUUUUGUUAUAAUUUAUCAUUAAUGGCUUUGAGAUGAAAUUGGGUUCUGCAUAUAUCAAACAUGUCUUUAUUAUAUACAAAGAAAAUAACAUUGCUGUGCAUAUUGUGUUCUUCAACCUUUUUCAGGGCACACGUGAUGUGUACAUAUGUAUUCACACAUAUAGGCGAGAGUCCUGUGUACUGUAUACAUUCCAACACCAAUAAGUCAGUUUUUGCAAGUGACCUCAAAUUAAAAGAAAUGAAUGGGGAGCAGAGAUUAAGGACAUGGGAUCUCUUUGCUGGCCUGCAUGAAAUUCCUGUUUAAAAGCUCCAGGGUAAUAAUCAGCUAGAGAACAUUAAAAGAGACCUGCUGACUACCUGACAAACUUGUUUUCUCUAUAAAUUAGACAUUAACUCACAAAGGAUCGAAGUGUUUCUUCCUCCUCAGCUACUGUGCAGCUUCCAUCAGGUUAUACAAUCCAGUACUAAAUUAAUAAAUGUUAUGUACCUGCAGGGAUGUUCUCCUCUUAAAAUGGACGUUCUCGACCCAUCACUUUUGACAUUCAUACAGUUUACCGUAUUAUCUCCUCCUCAUAUUGCUCUCCCCAUAACCUCCCUGCUUUUCUGUUUAGUAAAAGCAAAGGUGUGACUCAUGUUAAAUUAAGCCAUCAGGUUGAAAUGGACACAUUUUUUAGGAGUUAAAAUGUGAAGAACCAUUUUUCAGUUUGGUGAAUGUGAGACCUCCUAGAUGUGUAUGAUGUGUAAUGUGUCUGUCUCCUACUGUUCCCCUUUUUUCAAAUUUACAUAUUGGAGGUGAAGCCAGGUGAACCAUGUUAUUUCUUACUUCUUGCUAUUGUUUUCUUGUAGUUUUGUGUAUGUAACAACCUCUUACUGUUUUUUUUAUAUCGUUGGAUUUCAUAGAAAUUACACUGUAUCUCUGAAAUUUAUAUUUCCCUCCAGGACAAUCAUGCAUCAGACUGGUCAGAAUGUAAGGUGCAAUCCAAAUAAAAAUACAAUACAAUACAA